AUGCCCUCUUUUAUACAAGUUGACGGCCAUCAAAUAUCUGAUCCUACGGCCAUAGCAAACGCGUUUAACGAAUAUUUUAUUGAAUCACAAACGUCUACAACUCCCAUCUCAUGUAUUGAUGAGAAUGGAGAAGAUCUGAUUAAACAGCACCUGCAAAACUUUGUUAAUGAUCGUAUUGAUGAGUCGAUGCAAUUUCUUAUACCCGAAAUCAGUAGAAACCAAGUCAAACAGGACUUUGCGAAAAUUGCUUCAAAUAAAGCUACUGGUAUUGAUGCAUUUGGAAUUAAGGUCUUAAAGAUGGCAUUACCAGCAAUUGUGCCAAGUUUAACGCAUAUUUAUAAUGGAAGUAUCACAACCGGAAGCUUUCCAGUAAAGUUUAAGCAGGCGAAAUUAUGUCCAAUUUACAAGAAAGAAAGUGUACAUGAAAGAAACAAUUAUAGACCGAUCUCUGUUCUUCCUAUUAUAUCCAAACCUUUAGAACACCACGUUGCUGCUUCCUAUCUUGAAUACCUUAAUUCUCAUGGUCUCCUCUAUCUAUAUCUAUAUCUAUAA